UUGAACAAAAGGCUAGAUAGGAUACAAAAUAUCACUACUGAAGAGCUCCUAGAUAUACUUGGUAAUAAAAACGAAGCAUCAUAUCAUUCCUCUGCUGAGCCUGUAACUGAAACCGGUCAAGAAAGUCAAAUAAUACAACCUGAGGACCUGGGGAUUGAAGGUUAUAAUACACCAACUAGCACAGUUGCCAAUAUUUUUGUUGCACCACCAUCUCCAGUUCAACCAUCAUCUCCAGUUCGACAACCAUCUCUGUUUCGACCACCAUCUCUAGUUCAACCAUCAUAUCCAGUUCAACCACCAUCUCCAGUUCAACCAUUAUCUCCUCCAGUUAGUGAUAUUGUCACCUAUACUCAAUUGAUCCAAAAAGACAGAUCUUGGACAACUAAUAUUGAAAAUCAAGCAUUUCCAGUCUUUGAAACUAAAGCUAGACCUACCACUUCUUACAAUAACAGACAUUUGCCUAUAGAUUACUUUGAACACAUGUUUACAUCAAACAUAAUUGAUAUUCUGGUGGAAAAUACUAAUCUAUAUGCUAUAAAAAAUCAAUCAAGAAACUGGGUAGAGACAAAUAAUGAAGAAAUGCGUACCUUGCUUGGUAUUAUAAUGAUGGCCUUAAGUUCUUAA